AAGUGCUGCACCUGAUAUAAUUGUCCUGAACCGACGCCAAACACCAUUCAAAUUACUACUCGGUUGUGUUGCUGUGAUUGUUGGGUAUGCCCGGGUGAAUUGUGGUUAAAACUACUUUACUUUCUUAAACUAGUGGUUCUCUUUUUCUAACUCCAGCUGUCGGCCAGCGGCGAGCCGAGCCGCACUGACUAGACGUUGUAAAAAGUAGAUCUUUAUUUCAAACACACACUGUUCGGAUACUAUGUUCGCUGGAUUUAGAAGUGUCUCCUAACGAAGAGGUGGAAAUGUUAAUUAGUGUGUGUAAUUGUGCUGGUAAGUAAAUUAAUGUAAUUCACAUUUUUAAAUGGAGUUAUGCGUGGUCAUUAUCGAACACAGUGAGGCUGGCCGUGUGCUAGCAAACUUUAUUUAAGCAAUCGUGGGAACGAACAUCGUAGUGACCGCAUUGUCAAGUCCAAAGUCUUCUUGUGUUUGUUUUUACUACAUCUACAGUUUGGACUGUCAGAGUACUGAGUGAUUCUGUUUCAUCAGUAAUAAAAAAAAAAAAACAAAAAAAAAAAACAGAAAAAACUUCAGCGAUGGCUAACGGCUAACUGCCUUUUAAAGAUGGGCGGAUGUGACGUCAGGGGGUGCUGUUUGUGCCCUGCGGUGGGCGGGGCCUGUGAGCGGAGAGGAAUGUAAACAGCUAGCACGCCCGUUCACCCGCCACAGUUAGCACGGAUCAGACGUCCGCACCCCGUGUCAGUAACCAGCAUCUUAUUUAGCCGGAUGUUUGUUGUGACGUGGAUGCGGGGGUCAGUGCCGGGUCCCAGGCGGACUUGACUCAGUGUCUCUGCGGAACAACAGCGAACUUAGCUGAGUUAGCUCGGAGAGCUAGCGUCGGGUUGGCUAGCUCCUGUAGCAGAAAGCAGCUUAACGCGGAGCCGUGAGUCGCAGGUUUCAGGGUUUCUGUCCGGUUUCUGCUGAGCUGGUGCGACAGGCCGGAGACCACCAUCCGCAGUGUGGCAGGACGUCUGGGACUGUUUCGACGACAAACGGAAAUAAUCCCCACACUUUAUCUGACAGUCACGUUUACAGCCACAAACAGGCUCUUUCUCUUCAUAUUUUCUACCUUCAACAUCUGUUUGUUCAUAAGGAUUUGACCUGUUUGUUUUGUGUAACUCUGAGCUGGUGGUCAGCACAUAGGAGUCUCCCGAGGGCCAUGUUAAAGCUUCAGCUGCUCACUGUCAGCUCCUCCGUCACACCUUCAUCUUAAAACAGCGUCUGUGAAGCCUGUGAACUUGUGACCAGAACAAACGUCCUGACACUGAGGCUGUCUCUGAUGAAGGUCUCAGCUCCUACACUUUGUCUUUGUGUACAUGAGGACCUGGUGUUUUCUCUGUGAAGCGGCGGACCUUGUUUCUCCAGAGCUAACCAGUCGAUCAUCUGACGAUGGCCGAGUCCAGCUCGGAACCGGCAGCUGCAGAACUGCUGAUCGAACCCACUCUAGCCACAGAAACCGUCUCCAAGGAACUGAUAGUAACCACGGUGACAGAGGGGUCGGGCCGAACGUUGGGGUCGGACACCAGAGCCAAGGUCCCGAGCAGCAACGGGGAUGCCAACAGUCCUCUACCCAGCAAAGAGGAGGCCACGCCCACACCACAGGAGUCCUCAUUGGUGUCGUCUGAAAACGGGACUGUAACCACGGUCACCACAGAAGAAGAAUCUGUGUCCGCUCUGCUCAGACACAUUGGGACUGAGGGAAGACAGAACAGAGCAGGAGACCCAGGUCUGGAGCUGGACCUGGAGGACAGCUCAUCGGUAGCCACGGCAGGCGGUUCAGAGGACCAGCGGGAGUCCACAGACUCGGCGUCCUUCUCCAUCCCCAGUCUGGAGCUGUCAGACGGGGUCACGGCCACAGGAAACUCCCUGGACGUGGAUGACGGCCUGUCCUCGUCCUACUCUGCUCUGGGCGCUGAAGGCUGCUCUCUGUCCACCGAGGUCCCCAGUCUGAAGGGCGAUGAGACGCAAGAAGCUGCAGGGGGCGCUGUCGCUGCUGCAGCAGCAGUUCUUCCUGCUGCCGCUGCCGCUGCCUCGUCCUCCACAGCUGCUGCAGCUGUGGAGCCCAGGCCGUCCAUGCCCGCGUACUACCUGGUGAAGUGGAUCACCUGGAAGGAGAAAAAGACCCCCAUCAUCACUCAGAGCGAGAACGGACCCUGCCCCCUGCUGGCCAUCAUGAACACACUCUUCCUGCGCUGGAAGGCAAAGCUUCCUGCUCAGACUGAAGUGGUCACCACCGAGGACCUGAUGGCUCACCUGGGAGAGUGUGUGUUGUCUGUCACACCCAGAGAGAAAGCUGAUGGGAUGGAGCUCAACUUCCAACAGAACAUGAGUGAUGCCAUGGCGGUCCUCCCUAAGCUCUCCACAGGUCUGGAUGUUAACGUACGUUUCACUGGAGUCACAGACUUUGAAUACACACCUGAGUGCAUCGUGUUCGACCUGCUGGACAUCCCACUGUACCACGGCUGGUUGGUCGACCCACAGAGUCCAGAGAUGGUGGCUGCUGUGGGGAAACUGAGUUACAACCAGCUGGUGGAGAAAAUCAUCGACUACAAACACUCUGCUGACAGCAGUCGAGUCAGUGAAGGUCUUGUAGCAGAGCAGUUUCUGGAGUCGACAGCGACUCAGUUGUCGUAUCACGGUCUGUGUGAACUCAACACGACGGCCAAAGAGGGAGAGAUCUCCGUGUUCUUCAGGAACAACCACUUCAGUACCAUGAUCAAACACAAGGGUCACCUGUACCUGCUGGUGACAGAUCAGGGUUUCCUGCAGGAGGAGGGUCUGGUCUGGGAGUCUCUUCAUAACGUCGAGGGCGAUGGGAACUUCUGUGACUCUGACUUCAGACUGUGUCAUCAGAGAGCUCCGCCCACCUCCACCCUGCCCCCCACGGCCCAGGACCAGCAGAGACAGAUUGACCAGGACUACCUGGUGGCGGUGUCCCUGCAGCAGCAGCAGGGCGGGGCCCCGGGGCCCCUCAGUGACCUGGAGUUGGCCCGUCAGCUCCAGCAGGAGGAAUACCAGCAACAGCAGCAACUCCAGCAACAACAGCAACAGCAGCAGCAGCAGGGAUCAGUGCAGGCAGCACAGCAGGUCAGAGGUCAGGGGUCACAGCAAGCCAGGAGGAGAGACAAGGACUCAGACUGUAUCCUCCUAUAGACUCUUCAUCAUCUUCAUCAUCUGUAACACACACAGACACAGACACACACACACACACACACACACACACACACACACACACACACACACACACACACACACACACACACACACACACACACACACACACACACAGUCAGCUCGAUGCCAAACCCCAGUGCUUUGUUCCACAGGUGACAGUUUGGGAACGUUUGUAAAUUUGUAAGAAGUGAAGAUGAAGUCUGGUAGAACACACAGGUACAACUGUAACAGUCUUUAUAAAGGGUUUGUAACACAUAACUAAUGUCUUUAUUAACAGUCAAUAAAAUCAUUUACGGAUGUUAAAUUGAUCAGUUAUAAAUCAUAUAUAAGAUACAUUUAUGGAGCGUGUGGAGCUGAAACAGUUCAACAAAAAGAAAAUCUAAAAUAUUUUGCUUUUUUCGCAGUUGUUUUAGUGCUCAUAGACAACAACAUAAUGAGAUCAGCUCUGGUUUACUCAUUUAAUUAAUUACAAAAAUUAAACUUUCUAAUUAGCCAUCAGUAGAAGCGAACCAGUCAUCUGCAGUUACAAAAGUUCAGUCAUUAAUUAAAGGUCUUUUUAAAAAUCCAAGAGGUGUGUGGAUUUAAAUACCGAUCAGUGGUUAAAAAACGGAUUUUGUCUCCGAUUAUCUUUGGCUUUUUGCAGAAGGUCAGAGGUUAAAUGAUUCAUUUGAACGUUUUACCUGAAGAAAAGAUGCAGAAAAAUUCUUGCUGGAGAACGAACAGCAGCCACAACUGACAACCCAAAGGUUUUUCUUAUUGAUGGUUUAUAGCUGAUCUAUAAAGCUUAGAUAAAUGAUUUAUUAACCGUUAAUGAAGUGAUAAGUCACAAUUGUUGACAUUGACAAUGGCGCCAAGCGAUGAUGAAGGAAAAUUGGUGAAAACCUGUUUAUUUGAUCUGUAAUCUCUUUUAUUGACCAGAAUGACAUGAGCAGUUUUUUCUGAUGAAACCAGUUUCACCAGCUGAAGCCACGUUUCUGCAUUAAUUUUUCCUGCUUGUUUUCACACCAGUGGAAAAUAAUAAUGGAUCAGAGUCAUUUUACAUGUUUUAGAAGAGUCGGACAGUCUUCUGUAAUUCUUCUCUUUUAUGAAAACUUGAAUUUAUGGAGCUUUUUAACCCUGAAAGUGCAUUUACAAAAGUAAAAGAAAAUCAGGUUUUCUCCAAAUUCCACUUCUAUAUUUCAUGAUUUUGACUUAAAUUUUUCCAUCCUCUGUGAAUGAUCCACCACAAUUAACAUUAAAAAGUUCCUGUUGUUGUUAUGUGACCCCCUCUGAGGAACUUGAUAAUUUCCCAGUAAUCAGCUUCACUGCAGAUGAAACUAAACUUUAAACCAGGACGUCAGCAGAGACCAACCAUACAAAACUCCCUCCACUGAUUUUGUUUCCAUUGAUGCAGAAAAUAAGCUCUGAAGUUCAAUAAAGUUUUUCAUUUUGAUAACUGUUGAUAUCUGGCUCCAGUUAUAGAGGAAGCUCCUUUUUAAACCCAUUAUUCAUUUAUUACUGGAAACAGAAUCUGUAUAUAUUUCUGGAGUGAGACCGGGAACGUUUCAGCCCCUGUUCAUGGUCAGACUCUUACACUUCAGAUUUGUAACCGUGGUAACGGGACUGUAAGGCAGCAAAUGGCUUUACCUUUAUCCACAAUUUUUCUAGAGACGGUGUCAAAUCCAACAUUUCUCAACAACUGAUGAGCAGGCUGCAGUGGAUCAGAAGGACAGUGUAUCGUGUGAACACCUGAGUUUUUUUGUCAAAGCUCAGAUGUUGUCACUUUUUUCCUUCUUUAGUUGUAGUUUGAAUUUUAGAUUUCUCUCCUGCUGACACUUAAUUGGAACUUAAGGCUGAACUUUCGCUAAAAUUAGAACCAAAUUAAAUCUUACUUCUUUGAAGUUGUUAAUUAGUAAUUUACCUGUGAAAUAAAAAGUUACGUGAAAAUAAAUAAACCAAAAUCUAAUGUGACAUUUUGUUGUUUUACUUAAACUGUGUUUCAUUAAAACGUGUUUAAUUACAGCAGGUAAUCUUUUAUGUUGGUGCCAACAUGAACCUUUUUCAUUCUGACAUUAGAGCAACACUUUUUUCUAAACCUUGUAUAAAAACAUUUUUCUACAGAAACAACAAUACAAUCUAAAACUAAAUGUCACAGCUGCUCAAAAACAUUUCUAAAAUAAAAUACAGGGAAAAAAAGAUUGAAAUGACAAAUUUGUGAUCACAGCCCGAGUCAGGACAGAAAUCUGAUGAUGUGUUCACUGCCUCCUGUCAGUGCUCGUCUGUUCUCACAGGUUUGACAGCUGGUCACAUUUGUUGACUGCAGAGCUUAUGACUGAGCAGAACUUUGAUCUGUGUGGAAGCUCGAACCUGCCUGGAAAAUAAACAGAUAAAAGAAAUGAUACAAGAAUAGUUCUUUUGAACUAAAUAUUUUUUAAUAGAAAUAUAAGUAGAAUUUCUAUCCUGCUGUAAUAACCGAGAUUUUCUUAUAUCUGGACUUUCUGAUUAAACAUUUUGACUGUAGUUAUGAUUUAAUUUCAGAUAAAGUUUUCUCUUAUUUCAUCCUAAUGAGCUCAUUUAAAUUAGAUUUGUGACUUAAUUCUUUAUUGAAAACACAUUUUUAUUUAUAUAUUUAUGACUCAGAAUCAGAGUGUAAUUUUGUCUUAAGUCAAAAUGUUGAUGUAUUAAUGACUUAAAAUUUUGAGUGUUCAUCAAGAUUUUUAAUUUAUCUAUCUUAUUAUUCUUUAAUACUUAGUCAGAAUUUUAACAUAAUAUUAAUAUAUAUGCUUAAUAUAAUCUGCACUCAAUAUACAAGAAUUAUUUUUGAUUUAUCUGUAUUUAUAUCUGAAAAUUUCAUCUUAAGUGAAAAUGUUGAUUUAUUAUCCUAUAUAUAACUUAUCUGAUCAUUUCUGACUUAAUAUCUCAGAAUUAUAUUUAUAAGUUAAACAGUUGGUUCAUUAUCUCAUAUUUAUGACUCGGUGUCUCAAAAUUUUGACCCAAUAACUUAAAAUUUAGAUUUAUAAUAUUUAUUUCCAUCCAAAUAUUUCAUGUAUUUUUGUCUUUUCCUGGCAGAUUCAAGCCUCUGUACAUUUAAAUCUGUUGAGGAAACAAACUGGACGAGAAAAAAAAGUUUCUGGAUCAACUCAAAAAUACCACAGUCGUUACUGAAAUAAAACUGUCUUUCGACUGAAUCCAUGUUAAUUCUGCUGCUGAUUCACAGUCCUGGUCUUAAGGCAUUAACAAAAACCAGGGCCGGCUCUGGUCUCUGAAAUGAACCAAAACCAGAACAAAAAUUCAGAAACGCACUCGUCCUGAUUUAAACAACUUCUUUAAGCCACGUUGAACGGUUAACAUCUUAAACUGAGAAAUAAAAGUGUUCUCUAAUCAGAUGUUGGUUUCAGAGAAGUGCAUUUAGCACUUACAACUUUCCCAUCAUGCCUCUGUGAGUGUUUCGGGGCAUCGUCGUUACUUUCUGUCUGUCAUCUGGUAUUUUUUUCUUUGGUGUGAUUGUUGAGCUUCAGUCUGACUGUCUGACCGCUGCCAUGCUCUGUUCAGCUUUGUAUUUAAUUUGUCAUGAUGUCAAAUUGUCAAUAAAAACAAAACCAAA